AUGAAUCUGCCUGUGGAGGAAAGUGGAUUGAAUGGAUUGGUGACCAGAAAGGUGACUCCUAAUAUUCUCCUGUUAGGUUUUGAAGAGGUGACUCCUAAUAUUCUCCUGUUGGGUUUUGAAGAGGUGACUCCUAGUAUUCUCCUGUUAGGUUUUGAAGAGGUGACUCCUAAUAUUCUCCUGUUGGGUUUUGAAGAGGUGACUCCUAGUAUUCUCCUGUUGGGUUUUGAAGAGGUGACUCCUAAUAUUCUCCUGUUGGGUUUUGAAGAGGUGAAUCCUAGUAUUCUUCUGUUGGGUUUUGAAGAGGUGACUCCUAAUAUUCUCCUGUUAGGUUUUGAAGAGGUGACUCCUAGUAUUCUCCUGUUGGGUUUUGAAGAGGUGACUCCUAAUAUUCUCCUGUUGGGUUUUGAAGAGGUGACUUCUAAUAUUCUCCUGUUGGGUUUUGAAGAGGUGACUCCUAGUAUUCUCCUGUUAGGUUUUGAAGAGGUGACUCCUAAUAUUCUCCUGUUAGGUUUUGAAGAGGUGACUCCUAAUAUUAUCCUGUUGGGUUUUGAAGAGGUGACUCCUAAUAUUAUCCUGUUAGGUUUUGAAGAGGUGACUCCUAAUAUUCUCCUGUUAGGUUUUGAAGAGGUGAAUCCUAAUAUUCCCCUGUUAGGUUUUGAAGAGGUGACUUCUAAUAUUCUCCUGUUGGGUUUUGAAGAGGUGACUCCUAGUAUUCUCCUGUUAGGUUUUGAAGAGGUGACUCCUAAUAUUCUCCUGUUGGGUUUUGAAGAGGUGACUCCUAAUAUUCUCCGGUUGUGUUUUGAAGAGGUGACUCCUAAUUUUUUCUUCUUGGGUUUUGAAGAGGUGACUCCUAGUAUUCUCCUGUUGGGUUUUGAAGAGGUGACUCCUAAUAUUCCCCUGUUAGGUUUUGAAGAGGUGACUUCUAAUAUUCUCCUGUUAGGUUUUGAAGAGGUGACUCCUAAUUUUUUCUUCUUGGGUUUUGAAGAGGUGACUCCUAAUAUUCUCCUGUUAGGUUUUGAAGAGGUGACUCCUAGUAUUCCCCUGUUAGGUUUUGAAGAGGUGACUUCUAAUAUUAUCCUGUUAGGUUUUGAAGAGGUGACUUCUAAUAUUCUCCUGUUGGGUUUUGAAGAGGUGACUUCUAAUAUUAUCCUGUUAGGUUUUGAAGAGGUGACUUCUAAUAUUCUCCUGUUGGGUUUUGAAGAGGUGACUCCUAAUAUUCCCCUGUUAGGUUUUGAAGAGGUGACUUCUAAUAUUCUCCUGUUGGGUUUUGAAGAGGUGACUCCUAAUAUUCUCCGGUUGUGUUUUGAAGAGGUGACUCCUAAUUUUUUCUUCUUGGGUUUUGAAGAGGUGACUCCUAGUAUUCUCCUGUUGGGUUUUGAAGAGGUGACUCCUAAUAUUCCCCUGUUAGGUUUUGAAGAGGUGACUUCUAAUAUUCUCCUGUUAGGUUUUGAAGAGGUGACUCCUAAUUUUUUCUUCUUGGGUUUUGAAGAGGUGACUCCUAAUAUUCUCCUGUUAGGUUUUGAAGAGGUGACUCCUAAUAUUCCCCUGUUAGGUUUUGAAGAGGUGACUUCUAAUAUUCUCCUGUUGGGUUUUGAAGAGGUGACUCCUAAUAUUCUCCUGUUGGGUUUUGAAGAGGUGACUCCUAGUAUUCCCCUGUUAGGUUUUGAAGAGGUGACUUCUAAUAUUAUCCUGUUAGGUUUUGAAGAGGUGACUUCUAAUAUUCUCCUGUUGGGUUUUGAAGAGGUGACUUCUAAUAUUAUCCUGUUAGGUUUUGAAGAGGUGACUUCUAAUAUUCUCCUGUUGGGUUUUGAAGAGGUGACUCCUAAUAUUCCCCUGUUAGGUUUUGAAGAGGUGACUUCUAAUAUUCUCCUGUUGGGUUUUGAAGAGGUGACUCCUAAUAUUCUCCGGUUGUGUUUUGAAGAGGUGACUCCUAAUUUUUUCUUCUUGGGUUUUGAAGAGGUGACUCCUAGUAUUCUCCUGUUGGGUUUUGAAGAGGUGACUCUAAUAUUCCCCUGUUAG